AACCCGCCUAUCAGGAUGAAGCUCUCACAGUCACCAACUCUCAAAACACCAAUCGUAAUUCGCACCCCCUCGUGUCAUAUGUUGCGUGAGGAACGCCCGUCUACGGGCAGCGGAAGUUGUCAAAACGUCAACAGUAAACACAGAAGCGCGUUUGGAAAUGUUUUAGCGUUUACGAUGUUAUCCAUCGUGACCAGGUCCACGGGUCUUCACCGUGCUCUUCGUUUAGGGACAUGUAUAAGCAUAAAGCAGAUGCAGGCUGUGUGUGGGGAUAAAAAAAGGUAUGCCAGCUCAUCUGAAGAAACCAGAAGAAUUCCCAAGAUAUACACAAAAACUGGAGAUAAAGGUUUUUCCAGUACCUUCACAGGUGAGAGGAGACCAAAGGAGGAUCAUAUAUUUGAUGCUUUGGGAACAACAGAUGAAUUAUCAUCAGCUAUUGGGUUAGCAAGAGAAUUUUGCAUUGACAGUGGCCAUUCGUUCACAGAUCAGCUGGACAAGAUUCAGUGUGUACUUCAGGACGUAGGGUCAAAUAUUGCCACUCCACGGUCAUCAGCUAGAGACAGUCACAUCCAGAAGACGAAGUUCAGCUCUCAAGCUGUGAUUGAGCUGGAGAGGUGGAUUGAUUCUUUGACAGAGGAGUUGCCUCCACUCACCAACUUUAUACUUCCUUCAGGAGGGAAAGGCAGCGCAGCUUUACAUGUGGCCAGAGGAGUCUGUCGACGGGCUGAACGCUGUGUUGCCCCCGUUGUCCGUUCGGGUGAGACAGAUCCUGAAGUUGCCAAAUAUCUAAACAGAUUGAGUGACUACUUGUUCACGGUGGCUAGAUAUGCUGCAAUGAAAGAGGGCAAUCCAGAAACAAUCUACAAAAGACCUGAAUAGGGGAGGAAGAAAACAUCUCAGUGUCUCAUCUAAAAUUUGAGCAAUGUUCCACUUGUCUCCUAUAUAUAUAUAUAUAUAUAGGAGACAAGUUUAUAUGUAUUGUAUUCAUAUAUAUAUAUAUAUAUA